ACGUAAUUUCUUGGCGACGAAAGGCCAUUUUCUUUGGAUAUUGAAGGCUACAGAUCACGGAUUCGGUCUGAGGAUAUUCUCCAGCGAUGAUUGAGUCCAUUAAGCACCGAUUUGGGCGGAUUUAUUCCGGGUCAAUUUUUGGGAGAUUCCAAAGGGGUUCCAUCACAAAUUUCGGGCGAUUUAUCCGAAAUGCCAUUUUCUUUCGAUUCUGGAGGCUACAGAUCACGGAAUCAGGCCGAGGCUAUUCUCCACCGAUAAUGAAGUCUAUUGAUCCUAUUCUCCACGGAUGAUAAGUCCGUUAAGUAUCGAUUUGGGCCAAUUUAUUUUCGGAUGGCAUUUUCAUAAUUUCUUGGGCGACGAAAGGCCAUUUUCUUUGGAUAUUAAAGGCUACAGAUCACGGAUUUGGCCUGUGGCUAUUCUCCAGCGAAGAUUGAGUCCAUUAAGCACCGAUUUGGGCGGAUUUAUUCCGGGUCAAUUUUUUGCAGAUUCCAAAGGGGUACCAUCACAGAUUUCGGGCGAUUAUCCGAAAUGCCAUUUUCUUUCGAUUUUGGAGGCUACAGAUCACGGAAUUAGGCCGAGGCUAUUUUCUACCGAUAAUGAGGACUAUUGAUCCUCUCCACGGAUGAUAAGUCCGUUAAGCAUCGAUUUGGGCCAAUUUAUUUACGGAUGGCAUUUUCGUAAUUUCUUGGGCGACGAAAUGCCAUUUUCUUUGGAUAUUGAAGGCUACAGAUCACGGAUUCGGCCUGAGGCUAUUCUCCAGCGAUGAUUGAGUCCAUUAAGCACCGAUUUCGGCGGAUUUAUUCCGGGUCAAUUUUUGGCAGAUUCCAAAGGGGUACCAUCACAAAUUUCGGGCGAUUUAUCCGAAAUGCCAUUUUCUUUCGAUUCUGGAGGCUACAGAUCACGGAAUCAGGCCGAGGCUAUUCUACAUCGAUAAUGAAGUCUAUUGAUCCGAUUCUCCAGGAUGAUAAGUCCGUUAAGCAUCGAUUUGGGCCAAUUUGGAUGGCAUUUUCGUAAUUUCUUGGGCGACGAAAGGCCAUUUUCUUUGGAUAUUGAAGGCUACAGAUCAUGGAUUCGGCCUGAGGCUAUUCUCCAACGAUGAUUGAGUCCAUUAAGCACCGAUUUGGGCGAAUUUAUUCCGGGUCAAUUUUUGUGAGAUUCCAAAAGGGUACCAUCACAGAUUUCGGGCGAUUUAUCCGAAAUGCCAUUUUCUUUCGAUUCUGGAGGCUACAGAUCACGGAAUCAUGUCGAGGCUAUUCUCCACCGAUAAUGAAGUCUAUUGAUCCUAUUCUCCACGGAUUAUAAGUCCGUUAAGCAUCGAUUUGGACCAAUUUAUUUUCGGAUGGCAUUUUCGUAAUUUCUUGGGCGACGAAAGGCCAUUUUCUUUGGAUAUUGAAGGCUACAGAUCACGGAUUUGGCGUGAGGCUAUUCUCCAGCGAUGAUUGAGUCCAUUAAGCACGGAUUUGGGCGGAUUUAUUCCGGGUCAAUUUUUGGAAGAUUCCAAAGGGGUACCAUCACAGAUUUCGGGCGAUUUAUCCGAAAUGCCAUUUUCUUUCGAUUCCGGGGGCUACAGAUCACGGAAUCAGGCCGAGGCUAUUCUCCACCGAUAAUGAAAUCUAUUGAUCCUAUUUUCCACGGAUGAUAAGUCCGUUAAGCAUCGAUUUGGGCCAAUUUAUUUUCGAAUGGCAUUUUCGUAAUUUCUUAGGCGACGAAAGGCCAUUUUCUUUGGAUAUUGAAGGCUACAGAUCACGGAUUCGUCCUGAGGCUAUUCUCCAACGAUGAUUGAUUCCAUUAAGCACCGAUUUGGGCGGAUUUAUUCUGGGUCAAUUUUUGGCAGAUUCCAAAGGGGUACCAUCACAGAUUUCGGGCGAUUUAUCCGAAAUGCCAUUUUCUUUCUAUUCUGGAGGCUACAGAUCAUGGAAUCAGGCCGAGGCUAUUCUCCACCGAUAAUGAGGACUAUUGAUCUUAUUCUCCACGGAUGAUAAGUCCGUUAAGCAUCGAUUUGGGCCAAUUUAUUUACGGAUGGCAUUUUCGUAAUUUCUUGGGCGACGAAAGGCCAUUUUCUUUGGAUAUUGAAGGCUACAGAUUACGGAUUCGGCCUGAGGCUAUUCUCCAUCGAUGAUUGAGUCAAUUAAGCACCGAUUUGGUCGGAUUUAUUCCGGGUCAAUUUUUGGCAAAUUCCAAAGGGGUACCAUCACAGAUUUCGGGCGAUUUAUCCGAAAUGCCAUUUUCUUUCGAUUCUGGAGGCUACAGAUCACAGAAUCAGGCAGAGGAUAUUCUCCACCGAUAAUGAAGUCUAUUGAUCCUAUUCUUUAUGGAUGAUAAGUCCGUUAAAAAAUCGAUUUGGGCCAAUUUAUUUUCGGAUGCCAUUACGUAAUUUCUUGGCGACGAAAGGCCAUUUUCUUUGGAUAUUGAAGGCUACAGAUCACGGAUUCGGUCUGAGGCUAUUCUCCAGCGAUGAUUGAGUCCAUUAAGCAUCGAUUUGGGCGGAUUUAUUCAGGGUCAACUUUUGGAAGAUUCCAAAGGGGUUCCAUCACAGAUUUCGGGCGAUUUACCCGAAAUGCCAUUUUCUUUUGAUUCUGGAGGCUACAGAUCACGGAAUCAGGCCGAGGCUAUUCUCCACCGAUAAUGAAGUCUAUUGAUCCUAUUCUCCACGGAUGAUAAGUCCGUUAAGCAUCGAUUUGGGCCAAUUUAUUUUCGGAUGGCAUUUUCGUAAUUUCUUGGGCGUCGAAAGGCCAUUUUCUUUGGAUAUUAAAGGCUACAGAUCACGGAUUUGGCCUGAGGCUAUUCUCCAGCGAUGAUUGAGUCCAUUAAGCACCGAUUUGGGCGGAUUUAUUCCGGGUCUAUUUUUUGCAGAUUCCAAAGGGGUACCAUCACAGAUUUCGGGCGAUUAUCCGAAAUGCCAUUUUCUUUCGAUUCUGGAGGCUACAGAUCACGGAAUCAGGCCGAGGCUAUUUUCUACCGAUAAUGAGGACUAUUGAUCCUCUCCACGGAUGAUAAGUCCGUUAAGCAUCGAUUUGGGCCAAUUUAUUUACGGAUGGCAUUUUCGUAAUUUCUUGGGCGACGAAAGGCCAUUUUCUUUGGAUAUUGAAGGCUACAGAUUACGGAUUCGGCCUGAGGCUAUUCUCCAUCGAUGAUUGAGUCAAUUAAGCACCGAUUUCGGCGGAUUUAUUCCGGGUCAAUUUUUGGCAGAUUCCAAAGGGGUACCAUCACAAAUUUCGGGCGAUUUAUCCGAAAUGCCAUUUUCUUUCGAUUCUGGAGGCUACAGAUCACAGAAUCAGGCAGAGGAUAUUCUCCACCGAUAAUGAAGUCUAUUGAUCCUAUUCUUUAUGGAUGAUAAGUCCGUUAAAAAAUCGAUUUGGGCCAAUUUAUUUUCGGAUGCCAUUACGUAAUUUCUUGGCGACGAAAGGCCAUUUUCUUUGGAUAUUGAAGGCUACAGAUCACGGAUUCGGUCUGAGGCUAUUCUCCAACGAUGAUUGAGUCCAUUAAGCACCGAUUUGGGCGAAUUUAUUCCGGGUCAAUUUUUGUGAGAUUCCAAAAGGGUACCAUCACAGAUUUCGGGCGAUUUAUCCUAAAUGCCAUUUUCUUUCGAUUCUAGAGGCUACAGAUCACGGAAUCAUGUCGAGGCUAUUCUCCACCGAUAAUGAAGUCUAUUGAUCCUA